AGAGAAGAACGAUGCAGAUCAAUGGCGGGAACACGACGCAGUGAAACGAGAGUCGAAGGGCAAAAGACGCAAAUGCGAUCCAUCUACGCACCUCUCCUGCGAAGAGGCAAUCUUUUCAACAGCAGACAUCACCCUCGGUGGAUUCGUCGGCACUCGCAGCGACCCCUCGGGCGUUCUCAACUAGAUCAGAGCAAUAUCAUAUCCGCAGUCCGCUCCCUGUCUUCUAACCCCUGCUUUUCUCUUCUGGGUUCUUGCCACGACAUCCGCUCCCUCAAGAGAGCCCACGCCUUGCUGAUCGUUCACGGCCUGACCGGCCAUCUUCUGUUCGACACCAAGCUGGUUAGUUUGUACGGUGUUUUUGGGAAUGUGGGGCUCGCACGCCUGGUGUUCGAUCGAAUUCCGGACCCGGAUUUGUAUUCUUGGAAGGUCAUGCUGAGAUGGUACUUCUUGAACGACCGCCACCCGGAAGUUGUUCGGGUCUAUGGUCGGAUGAGGAGUUCGGUUAAGGAGAAUGAUAAUGUCGUGUUCUCGAUCGUGUUGAAGGCCUGUAGCGAGUUGCGCGAUCUAGAUGGAGGGAGGAAAGUACACGGGCAUGUUUUCAAGGCGGGUAGUCCGGAUAGCUUCGUGUUCACUGGUCUCGUGGAUAUGUAUGCAAAGUGCGGCGACAUCAAGUGCUCCCGCCAGGCGUUUGACGAAAUUCUCGACAGGAACGUUGUUUCCUGGACUUCGAUGAUUGUUGGGUACGUGCAAAACGGUUGUGCGGAAGAAGCGCUGGCAUUGUUCAAUCGGAUGAGAGAUGGGUUUGUGGGAGGCAAUCAAUUUACUCUGGGGAGCUUGGUCACAGCAUGUUCCAAGUUGGGCGCUCUGCAUCAGGGGAAGUGGCUUCAUGGUUAUCUGAUCAAGAAUGGUAUUGAGCUGAUUUCUUUCUUGGUGACAGCUCUUCUGGAUAUGUAUGCUAAGUGUGGUGAAAUUAUAGAUGCUAAAACUGUAUUUGACGAGCUUUCGUCCACUGAUCUUGUCUCGUGGACAGCAAUGAUUGUUGGGUACACUCAGAGUGGCCAUGCUUAUAUGGCGUUGAAGUUAUUUACGAAUGAGAAAUGGGCGAGCCUCACGCCAAAUUCUGUUACCGCCGCGAGUGUGCUCUCUGCUUGUGCCCAGUUGGGCAAUUUGAAUAUGGGCAUGUCCGUUCAUUGUCUAGGAAUUAAACUUGGGUUAGAAGAGAGCACUGUCAAGAAUGCGCUUCUUGACAUGUAUGCAAAGAGCCAAAGGAUGGAGGAUGCUUGUUUCAUAUUUAAUUCAGUCUCUGAAAAAGAUGUAAUUGCCUGGAACUCAUUGAUAUCUGGAUUUGUGCAGAAUGGGUCUGCAGAUAAGGCCUUGGAAUUGUUUCGACAAAUGAGAUCGGAAUCUCUCUCUCCUGAUGCUGUCACAUUGGUGGUGGUCCUCUCUGCCUCUGCUUUCCUGGCCGUCCUAGCUGUCGGUUCCUCGCUUCAUGCAUACUCCAUUAAAAAGGGCUUAUCAUCAUCCAAUAUCCAUGUUGGAACUGCACUUUUGAACUUCUAUGCUAAAUGUGGGGAUGUGGAAUCAGCCCGUAGGGUUUUUGACGGGAUGGAUUCUAAGAACACCGUAACUUGGAGUGCAAUGAUCGGUGGUUAUGGGAUUCAUGGGGAUGGUAGUGGGUCUCUCACUCUUUUCAGUGACAUGUUGAAGGAAGAAAUAAGGCCUACUGAAGUAAUCUUUACUAGUAUAUUAUCAGCGUGCCGGCACGCAGGCUUGGUUGGUGAAGGUUGGAGAUAUUUCAACUCGAUGUGCCGAGAGUACAAUUUUGUUCCGUCAAUGAAGCAUUAUGCUUGCAUGAUCGAUCUUCUAUCUCGAGCUGGCAGGCUCGAGGAAGCAUUGGAGUUUAUAGAGAAAAUGCCAAUGCAACCAGACAUUAGCUUGUUUGGAGCCUUUCUUCAUGGUUGUGGACUUUAUUCAAGGUACGAUCUUGGUGAGGUGGCCAUAAAGAGAAUGCUAGACUUGCAUCCUGAGGAAGCUUGUUAUUAUGUGCUCAUGUCCAAUCUGUCUGCUUCCGAUGGAAGAUGGAGCCGAGUUAAUUACUUCACGGAGUUGAUGGAAGAAAAGGGGUUGAAGAAGUCACCUGGUUGUAGCAUGGUGGAGAUGGAUGCUAGGGAUAAGUUUUCUGCUACCAGAGUUGCUACCGUACAGUAACGACGACAGCGUUAGAACUCUUCUUACAACUGGUUCAUAGAGGUCAAAAGACGAGAGCAUAAUUAAAUAUUUGGACCGUCUUACUAGCGAUUCUGGGGUCCAGAGUCCGGACCACUCUCAGAUGGACACUCCAGUACGUCAAGAUACAUAUGGUAUGGUGAGUGGACAGAUGAUCAAUAACUGAUAAAGAAUUCGUGCUAAGAAGACAAUUCCGGUGGACAGAUCUGAAUAGACUGAAAUUCCCUGGUUUGAUUAGAUGAAAGAUCAUGAAAAUUCAUCCAAGGCAGGAUAUUCAUCUCAUAUCUGCAAUCAAGCCUCGGAAAAAUCAUAAGAAACUGGUUGAUUCUUCUAGGCUUGGAGUAGGUAUGGUCAAAUGUCAGCUUAGGAGUCGUCUGGUGACGGAGGUUUGAUCAGCCUUCUAUUCUUUGAUGUGCACACUGGACAAAGUGUUAUUUGGGACUCCAUACUUGGAGUUUCAAGUAAAGAGUGCUUUUCCUAAGGCAAUAGUAAGAAGAAUGAAAUUGUCGAUCGAUCAAAAAGUUUUCAUUAUCGACAAUAA